GAUACUUGCUCACCAAUCACCUGUAAUGUCUACUGCGUCUAAAGCCAUUUUCGGUUUAUGUUGCAUGGCGUCUGUCGGAAUAAUAGGCUACGUGCAUUAUAAGCAGGCAUACGACAGGCAGCAACUCCACUUGGGUGUGAUACGCGACAUUGAACGACAAGAGCGUCGAAAAGCAGAAAAUCUCUACGUUCUGCAGCAGCAAGCCGAAUUAGCCAAGGAAUUGCGCAGAGGAGAAUUAAUUCGAGAAUACGACACGUAAUGCGAAGUUGGAUUCUGUCACUGAAGGAUUUUCGUAGAUUGAAAGAGAGCCGUACA